AUGUCAGCGUCUCGCGGUCUGGAACGGGCUACUACCGUUCAACUGAAAAACUGGAAAUUUUGGGCCCGGAAGACCUGGAGACUUUUGAUCAGUCCAAAUGCAGCCUUUCAAAGAAAAGUCGCACAGGCUGUUUUUGGUCUUUUUGUGGACUACGAUAGCCGCUGUAACGACAAACUUUAUCUCUUUUGUGUCCCCUCCGUUCCUGAAGCUCACAGUCAGUUCGAAAGGAUAGGUCUCUGGACAGCGUGUUUCAAUGGCUAUAUGAGACCAGAUGAUUUUAGCAAGGCUUAUUUCGGUUGCUACUAUAUCUAUUUUGUGGAAUACGAUCGUAUCCGAGAAUGGAUCAACCCUUUAUGGCUGUAUGCCAUUCAGGUGCUUUCGUCGUUGGGAAUACUUCUUCACUCGCUCGUCACCUUCAUUGUGCUUUGUCAAGUUACACACUCUGUUAACCGAGACGACUUGAGUGUAGCAAAGUUCAAUCUUCUUGGACACUUCUUUACCUGUGUAACUUUAGCGGCUUCUCUAGUCGCGUUUGCCGUUGCCAGAUAUGACAGUACUUGGAUGCCGUAUCCCAGGUUGAAUGUGUUAUCUUGGGCGUACGCGAUCGCCGUGCUCAGUUUCCUGCUCACUGUGGUCGCUUUUAUAGUCGGAUUUCUGCGGUAUAUGUACUUGGAUGCUAUGGCCCAGUUUGAGGCGAACCAAGCAUUACUGGAAAAUCAGGACGAGAUGGGUAUCAGUUCACCGCCUGUGAAGACCGGAUUCUACCCAAGUGAACGCUUGGACAAUGAAUUGUAUUCUGAUGAGAUGGAGCAAGAUGAUGUGGAAGAGCAACUGGACGAGGAUGCUAGUGGAAGACCGGCAUCAGAGCAUACAAGGUGGUCCCGAUACACUCCAGGUGGUUAUGAUCAACACAACCCAGCACACGUAGCUAAUACUCCAUCAUAUCUGAACACAUGACUUAAAUUUUUUACUUGUUUAUCAUGUUAUCCUUCAUGUAACGCACCCGAUAUCCAGCUUGUUUUUGCAAUAAAAUCUAACGUGUCAGGGUUCACACUGAGC